AUGGAAGAUAAUAAUAACAAUAAUGAAACUAAUUUAAAAACUGGACAAAAUGGGGAACCAUUUUAUUUUUUGAAUCCUUCAGAAUUUAUUCGAAAUAAAGAAAAUGUUCUAAAAGAAUUUAUUACAAAAAAAUAUGAUGAUAUUAUAAAACAAAAUAAAUUAUGUCCUGAUAUUAGAUGCACUUAUUUUCAAUGCAAUCCAAAAAUAGUAAUAUUUACUACCUAUACUCCCUUUCAAAAAUAUGAAAGUGUUGUUUCUUUAAAAAAUGUGGACACGGCUGCUAGACGCCUCAAUGUUCAAAUACAUGAAGAUAAUACAUUCAAAGUUAUUUAUAUAACAGAUAUAAAAAAGAAGAUUGCACCUGGGAUGUUAUUUAACUUUAAAAUAGAAUUUUACCCCAAAUCUCAAGGAAACUAUGAAUACGAUCUUGAGGUUCACUCAGAGGGAAAAUAUUUUCUAUUACCAAUUCGAUGUAUGAAUGAUCAAAUAAGUUUGAAUGUACAAGACGAAGUAAUUAUAGAUGAUACACCUAUAUACAUGAAGAGUGAGAAAAAUAUAUCAAUUAAAAAUAUAGGUCAAUAUGAAAAUAAAUUUGAAGUUAUAAUAAAUCCUCCCUUUUAUUUGAGUGCUUCAUCGUCUAUUCAUACUCUCAAAAUAGGGGAAAUAGAACAUAUUAAGAUAAUGUUUGUACCAGUUCAAAACAAGUGUUAUGAAGAUUAUAUGAUAAUAAAUUAUGAAAAUGGAUUAAGAACUUAUACAAAAAUAAAAAGUAAAGGUAUUAUAGCCGAUGUUUUUAUAAAAGAUAAAGAAAUUAUGGCUCAUGAUAUAUACAUAAACAAAUCUAAAGAAAUAAAUAUCUUCCUUAAAAACUUAUCAUUCUUCUUAUUGUCCUACAAGGUCAUAAAAUAUCAAGUCUAUGAAUAUAAAUACGAUAAUAAUUCUGGGGAUAUAAAAAAUACAAACUUUAAUAUAAACCAUAAAGUAAUACAAAAAAGAUUUAUUAAUAAGCAAGAAUUAUGUGAUGAAAAUAUUGUUAAAAAGGAAUUAUAUGGAAAUGAAGAUUUGUAUGAUUAUGAAACAGACGAAUAUUCUGUUAAUGAAAGUAAUGAUGAUGACGAUUUGAGUGAUAAUCAAUCUAGUCAUAGUGAUUUUUUUGAGGAAAAGUUUUCAGAAGAUAUGUUAUAUAUAAAUGAUGGAAAAGAAAAAAAUGAUAUAUAUACAUCUAGUUUAAACAAUUCAAAUAAAUCCUUUGAUUCGAAUUCUAACUGCUCAAGUAGGAGAAAGGAGAAUGAUUUAAAAAUUAAAAAAAAUAAAAUUAUAAAUAUUUACCCUAAAUAUCAAAAGUUAUAUAAUGACACAGAUACAGCUAUUUCUAUAUUAAUAAAUCCACAGUUUGCCUCAUUUUUUAAAAUUGAAUUAUUUUUAUUUAUAAAAGGAUAUUCAAAAGAAGAAAAGGUUGUUAUAUAUUUGAAAAGUAUAACACCAGAAAUAUAUAUAUCAAACAGUAUAAAUGAUUUAGAUACAAUUCUUAUAAAUACUUGUAAAACCUUACAUUUUGAGCUUAGUAAUAAUCAUGCUAUGGAUGCAUCUAUGACAAUAGAAAAUUCAGAUGAUUACUAUAAUGAAUAUAAAAUCGAAACUAAUAAAUUUAUUAUACCUGCAAAUUCAAAGUAUUUACUUAUUAUUGCAUAUAUACCAACAAGACAUGGUCCCUUUGAAAAGACAUUUAUAAUUCAUCAAAAAUAUACAAAUGUUAAAAAAAAUGUAAAAAUUAUAGGUACUUGUAUUCUUCCAGAUAUUAAACUUGAUAUAGAUGAAAUAAAUUUUAAUCAAGUAUCACAUAGUUUUUUAUAUGAAAAAAGCUUUCAUAUUAUUAAUAAUUCACACUUAACUUUAAAUUAUUCAUUUAAAUAUUGUAAUGAAUUAAAUGAAGAAAUUCAAAUGGUAAAACCAUUUGGUGAAUUACUAAAAUAUGGAAAAGAAUCAAUUGUUAUAAAAUUUUGUCCUAAGUAUAUAAAGACGUAUUUUUAUAAUAUAGAAUUUUUUAUAGAUGAAAUUAAAACAUAUAAAAUUAUACUACCAUUCCAUGCUAUUUGUUGUAAACCUAUAGUUGUGUGUGAACCUCUUUUUUUAAACCUUGAAAAUAUUAUCAUAGAUCAAAUAUAUACAGAAAAAAUAAAAAUAAUUAAUGAAUCACAAGAAACUGAUAUAAAAUAUGAAUUCAUAUUAGAAGAAAAAAUAAAAGAUAUUUGUUCUUUCCAAGUUUGUGAGAAUGAAGGGAUAAUAGAAAGAAAUAAUUUUAAAUCUAUUGGUAUAUCUUUAAAAAGUAAUAGUAUAGGCAAUAUAUUAAUUGUUAUAAAAAUUAAAAUUUCAGGUUUGGAUGAUUUCUUAUUUUUUAAUAUAAAAGCUUUUUGUACUUGUCCAUAUAUAAAAAUAAUUCCAAACAUUAUCGACUUUGAAAAAUGUAAUUGUUUAGAUGUUAAACAAAAGCUUAUUGAAAUAAAAAAUGAAAGUCCUAUUAAUACAUUUAUUACUUUGUCUAAUGAGAAUUCGGUGUUUUCUUAUUCUGAUAAUAGUUUUUACAUACAGCCAAAUAAGUCUGUUUUUAUAAGUAUAUAUGCACAAUGUUUAGAAACAAUAACAUAUAAUGAUAUAUUAAUUGUGACUGUUCAUGGAAAGGAUGAUAUGCGUAUACCAAUAAGGGCUCAGGGUAUCGGAUCACCAAUUUUUAUCAAUGAGGAAGUCAUAAACUUUGAGACAGUUAACACAAGCAAAAAAUAUUUCCACGAACUAAUCAUUUUUAAUAAAGGUGUAAACGAAAGAAAUAUAUAUUUUGUAUUUGAAUCAGAAAAAAAUAGAAAGAGAAAAAGUGAACAAGUACAAAUAUUUAAUGUCACACCACAAAAUUUGUCAAUUAAAGGAGGGAAUAAUAUUGUCUGUAUUUUAAAUUGUUUUAAUAUAAAGGAAGAAAAGUGUGAAGAUAUACUUUACAUAUAUGAUGAUAUUGCAAGAAACAAAAAAAAAGUAUUAAAUAAUUAUAAAAAAAUAAAUAUCCUAGCUACAUUUGUUCAUCCGGAGGUUGAAUUGGGUGAAGUAGAAAAUUUUGUUUAUAAUUUUAAUGAUUACCAUGAUAUAGAUGAAAUAGGCACAAUUGAAAAAAGACAUAAAAAAGAUAACAAUAAAAAAAAAAAAUAUAUAAAUGAUAAAAUAAAUGAUGAUAUAAAUGGUAAAAUAAAUGAUAAUAUUAAUGAUAAUAUAAAUAAUGAUAUAUAUAAUUUAAAUAGCAAAACUUAUCAAGAAAAAAAAAUAAUUCUUAUAAAAGACAAAAAACAAUUAAUGCAAAAAGUUGAAAUUCGCAAUUUAAAAAAUGCAAAUAUAAAAUUUGCUUUGUCUAUUAAAGAUCCAUUUUUCGUACCAUCUGAUAUAAUAGAAUUGAAGGGUAAGGAGAAAAAGAAAGUACCGAUAUAUUUUGAUAUAAAUUAUCUGAAUAAUAAAUUAAAUACUACAUAUCAAGAAAAUUUGAUAAUAAAUUAUUUUGAAAAUAGUAAAAGACAAAAGUAUGAAAUAGUCGGACAAACAAUAUACCCUAAUAUUAUUAUGAACAAAAGUUGUAUAGAUUUUCAAUAUAUUUUACAAAACUUAUAUGCUCAAGAAUUUGUUGAAAUAACAAAUGUAUGUAAUUAUAAAAUAUAUUUUAAAUGGUUUUUUGAAGAUAAUAUUUUAUAUAAAAAUUUUAAUGAAGUUUUUGAUAUAAACCCGAAUAGAGGUUAUUUAUUACCACAUGAAAAAAAAAUAAUAAAAAUAACAUAUAAUAGUAUUAACGAAAAUUAUUAUAAUAUUACUAUAUUAUGUCAAAUAAAAAAUGGACCUAUGUAUCCACUGAAAAUAAUUGCUGGUUAUUCGGAAAUAAAAUAUUAUAUAAAUAAAAAGAUACUUGAAUAUAAUAUACAUUAUAAAUCAAUAGGAGAAGAUAUUAUAACAAUACAAAAUAAUGGCAAAAUAAAAUUAUUUAUUGAAAUUAUUUAUAAUAUAAAAUUUCCAUCUUUAUUAUAUACAAAUAUCAAUAAUUUCUUUAUUGAACCAAACAAUAGUAGAGACAUCAUUUUUUAUUUUAUUCCAGGAAUACCUAUAAAUGUAAUAGACAAUAUAUUAAUUAAAAUUUGUAAUUUUGAAGAAAUAAAAAUAAAAUUGAAAUCAAUCAAUACAUGCAAUAUUUUAUAUUUAAACAUAAACCAAUUAGAUAAUCAUCAAUCAAUUAUAAAAGAUCAAAUUUGUGUAUUACAAGAUGUUGAUAAUAUGCAGGAGAUGGAUACAACAUUUUAUUCUAAAAUGAAAUAUGAUUCUAUAAAUAAAAAGAAUUAUUUUAAAAACAUAAAUAAUUUAUUAAAAAAUAAUUUUCAUUUAUAUGAUAAUAUGCAAAAUGAUUAUUAUGAAAAGGAAAAGAAUGUUCUUAUUAAAAAACUCAAAAACAUGUAUUCAGAUCAUUUUUUAUCAUUAAGAAAGUAUAUACAAGAAAUAUUAGAUAUAUAUAACAGUACAAAUAGAAAUAAUAAAAAUAGUGAUGAUGACGAUGAUGAUAAGGAUAUAAUGGAAGAUAUAAAUAUUAUGAAUAAAAAAGACAGUGCAAAAAAUGAAAAAAUGUUUAUGAGAACUAGUAUUAUACAUACUAGUGAAAAGGAUUCGAAGAAUAAUAUAAAAUGUAAAUAUGACUUGAUACCAAUAUUAAAAAAUUACACUUUAAAAAAAAAUAUAAAUUGUCUUAUAUUUCUUGAUUUGCUAAAAUCUUUAAUUUUGAAUCACAAGGAUGAUAAAUAUAUUCUGGAAAUAUUCUCAAAGCUUAAAAAAUUAGUCCAUUUUGAAAAACUAUUUUGCCAUGCAUAUACCACAAAUGAAUUCAUUUUAAAAUACCUAAAGAGAAUAAUUUUAGAAAAAAAUAUGGAACUAAGAAAUAUUUUGCUAGAUGUAGGAAAUAUAAUAAUUAAUGAAAAAAAAGAAUAUUCAAUUACCAUAAAAAAUGUAAGUAAUAAAAUGAUUACAUUAAAUUAUAUUGUGAAAAAUUCAGAAACAAAUGACAUCAAAUUAGUCAAUGAGCAUAAAGAAAUUGAUUGUAAUGAUUCAAUUAUUUUUAGAAUUAUAAUUCAAAAAAGCAAUGGAAUAGAAUAUAUAUAUAUGGAAAAAAUAUAUAUAUAUUUAAAUGAUAAUAAUUAUUAUAGUAUCAAUUUAAAAUAUGAUUUCAUAAUACCUGAUAUAUUUCUAUAUUAUAGACAACUACAUUUUGAAGGGGUAGAAUUAAAAACUUGUUGUUGUAAAGUUAAUAGAUUAAUAAAUACAAAAAAUGUAAAUAUAAAAUUUAAAAUAAAAAAUAUUACUUUUUAUAAUAAAAAGUUAGAAUAUUAUCAUUUAAAAAAGAAAAAACAAUUUUUUAUAUACCCAAACAAAGGAAUUAUUAAAAAAAAUUCUUUUUUAGAUAUGAAUCUAUUUUUCGAACCUUCUAAUAUUUAUACAAAUGCGAAAAUCCAAAUAGAAAUAUUUAUAUAUAAUUCCAAUUUUAUCAAAAAUGUAAUUGUAUAUUUAAAUAGUAUAAAACAUAAUAUAAAUAUAGAUCCAUGUGAUAUAAUCAUCAAGCCUUUAUUAUAUAAUAGUGGACAUUCUUAUCAAAUGAUUAAAAUAAAUAAUCUUAAUAACUAUUCUAAAUAUUUAUUUAUAUACAAAUUGGAUAUUUACUAUAAAUAUUUUCAAAGUUUUAUAUAUGAUCUAUUAAAUAUGCAUAAACAUAUAUAUAUAGAAAAGAAUCAUGAAAACGAUUUUUUCUAUACCAAUUUAGUAUAUUAUUUAAUGGAUAUAUAUAUAAACAAAAUGGAAUAUAUAGAUAAUCAGUAUUAUUAUGACAAUAAACAAUUUUAUAAUAAAGAUAUAUGUGAUAUGAACGUGUCUCAAACAAAUGAAGAUAUGAUUUUAUAUAAGGAUAAAUGUAAAGAAAAUAAUGUUACAUAUAAUGAGGACAUAAAACAUGUAAAUCAGAACGAAUGUAAAACAAAAAAGAAUAUUUCAAAUAAUACAAAUAAAAAAAAAGUAAAAAGACAAAAUGAUUAUCUUAACAUAUCAAAUGAUAUUAAAAAUAUACUGAAGGAUAAUAUAAAUGAAGCAAAAAUUCAACAGUGUGAACAGAAAAAAAAAUAUAUUAUUAAAAAUAAUAACGUCAAAGAUAGAAAUGUAUUAAAAAAAAAAAUUAACAUUUUAGAGGACAUUAUUAAAAAGAACCAAACAAAAUAUAAUUAUUUUGAUGAAUAUCUAAAUAUAAUAAAAAUGAAAAAAAACAAAUUUAAGGACAAUUAUAUAAUUGUUUGUCCAAAAUAUCUUGAUCAUAAAAAAAUUGCCAGCUAUUUGUCAGAAAAUAAAAUUCAUCCCGAAUUUAAAGAACAAAAUGAAGUCCAGAGGACCUUUAAUAAUAUAGACACUAUUACUAAUCAUAAUAUGAAUAGUUGUGAUAUAAAUAAUAACAAUUUUAAUAAUAACAAUGAACAAUUUAAAAGUAUACCUUUUAAAAACAAACAAUAUUCUCAUCAAAAUAUUAAUUUUAAUAAUAAUAACAUUUUAACAGUUGAUAAAAUUUUUCAUUGGUGUGUUGAAUUGAAUGAAAAAGAAAAUUAUCCUUUGAAAUUAAAAAACAAUUUUAUAGAUUACCUAAUUCAUGAAAUUGAAGUGAAGAAUAAUAAAAAGAAUUUCUCAAAAAAUUUAAGUAUGUCAAAUAUAAAGGAACAUAUGGAUAAUAAUAAUAAAACAAACAAUGAUAAUAAAACGACAUUUGGAAGUCACCAAUGUUAUUAUAUUAGCGAUAUAUUAAAUAUGAAUGAUAAAAGAAAAGAAAAGGAAGGCCUAGAAUUAAAUACAAAUGUUACUAUAAAUAAUAUAUCUGAAAAUGUUGCGACACAUACAAUAAGCAAUGAAAAAGACAUAUAUAAUAUUAAAGAUCCAAGCGAUGAAAAAAAAUAUAUAAACAAUAUAAAUGAUACAUCUUGUGUCUCUAUAAAUAAGAAUACUAAUUUUAUGGAGAAGAAGAAAAAAUUUAUAAAUAUAUAUAAAAACAAAAUAAAAAAAAAAUUUCAUAUAAAAAAUGUUAAAUCAAAAAUAGAUAAUAAACAUAUAUCUUAUAUUAAUAAAAAAGAAAACAAAUAUGAAAAUGAUACAAUAAAAAAGAGUAAAAAGAAUCAAGAAGCUCAUUCUUUUUUAUCAGAUGAGAAAACAUUUUUUUACAAAUAUAAUUUAAAAUACAAAUUUGAAUAUUUAAAACAUUUUUUCCAUUUUGCUCUAUUAAAUGAUAAUGAAUUCAUGAAUAAUAUCAAAACCUUUUUAAACGAAACAAUUCUAUCGGAAAAGAAAAAGAAUAAAAAUGAUAAUAUUAUCAAAAAAAAAAAUAAUAUGAUGAAUUUACUACAAAUAAUUCUCAAAAGAUUGUUAUUAUCUCCUAACUAUAUAAAUGGUGUUGUUUUUUUUUUAAAAAAAAACGAAUAUAUAAAUUCAGAAAUGUUUUUUAACAUAUUUCUAAAUAUACAUAUUGAUCAAAAUAUUUUUAUCAUACAUUUGAAUCCAAUCGAAAAUUAUGAUGAGUAUAUUAAUAUUGAUCUUAAUAAAGACCAUGUAAUAAGGAAAACAUCUGAAAUGAAGACGAAAGGAUUAGAAAAAGAAAUAUAUAAAGAUGAAAAAGAAAUGAAAAAAAAGAAUGAAUCAUUUGAGGUACAAAGAAUUAAACUCUUUUAUGAAAAAUUAGUCAAACAGUUUCAAGAAAAAAUAAAAAGUAAAUUAAAUGAAAAAGAAAAGAUUGAAAAAAUCAUAGAAUCAAUUAAUCUAAAUAAAGAUAGUAAAGAUGUGGAAGAUACAAAUAUGUGUGAUGAUAAGGAAAAGGAAACAUUAUCUAAUGUAAAGACAGAAUAUGAUAAAGUAUAUGAAUGCAAAGAAGAAAAAAAAAACAUCUCAGAUAUAUCCAAAGAAAUAAAUACAGAAGAAUGCAAAAAUAUGUGUGAUAAUAAUAAUAAUAAUACAAAUGUUGCAGAUUCAAAAAGUUAUGAAGAAAAUGACGAAAAUGAUGAAAAUGUUUCAACAAAUAAUAUGAAUAUACAAAAUGAUAGUAUUCAUAAAUAUAGUCCUGUAGAACAAUUAUAUUACGAAAUUGUGAUAAAAAAAAAAAAUAUGAACAUUCAAUUGAACAAUAAAUAUAUGAAUGAAUUAUGCUUAGAAUGUUCAAUGAGAAAGGAUAAAAUUGAUAGUCAAAUUAUUAAAUAUAAUAAAAAAAUUAAUAAAAUUAAUGAUUUAAUAAAAUCAAACAGUUAUAUUGAUCAUGUAUCAUUUUAUAAGGAAAUCAAAGAGACAUUACAAAAUUUAUGGAAUGAAUAUACAAAGAGAGAAAAUGUAAAUAUCUCCAUUUUUGAUGAGCAAUCAAAGAAUAUAUAUCAUAUGUCAAAUAUGAAUAACAAGGAAAAUGAAAAUGAUACAUUAUCAUUUGAUGAUCUUCAUCAUAAUAUGUUUGAUACAAAAACAAUAAAAAAGGGUAAUAAUAAAGAUUAUUUAAUAAAACAAAUAAAUCUUCAACUUAGUGAAGAUUAUGUUGAUAAGCUAAAAGAUGAAAUAAUUGAGAACAAAGAUAUAUAUAGAGAUAUAAAUAAUAUGAACAACAUAUUAUAUAGUGAAAAGAAUAAUGACAUUAAUGAUAUAAUAAAUGUAUCAAAUAAUAUGUUCACCGAAUUAAAUGAAAUAAAACCGCCUAAUGAUCAUAUAUCAAAUUUGAAAGAAGAAAAUGUUCAUAUUUCUAAUGAAAAAUUUUCUAAUGAAAAUAUUUCUAAUGUUCCAAAAAGGAAUUUAAAUAUUAUCAAUGAUAAAAAUAAUAUGAUACUUAAAAAUGUGAAUGCCAAUGUCAAUGUGAAUAAAAAAAAAGAGGAAUUACAAGAAUGUGUAGAUAAUAAAAAUAUAUAUACACUAACUAUAAUUAACACAAAUGAUGAGUUAAUGAAAUAUAUGCAAAAAAAUUUUGUUCAAAUAAACUUUUGUUAUUUCUUUAUAAACAAUGAUAUAGAUUUUGGAAAAAAAGAAAUAGCAAAUAAAAUAUUUAAGUGUUCAGAGGAAAAAUAUAAAGACAUUAAAACGUCUGCAUACCUUUUUGAUAUACCAAUACAAAGGAAAUUCGAUUCAUUUGAUAUGAAACAUUUUGUGAAUGGAAAAAAUAAUUUAGACGAAUAUGAAGACAAUUUCUAUUUUUAUAGUGAGAAGGAAGAAGAAACUGGAUAUGAACAAAUAGAAGAAGAAAAAAGAAGCGACCUUUCGGAGAUACAUAAAAAUGGUGAUAUGAAUAAUGACAUCCAGAUGAAUGAAGGUAAAAAGGAAAAAUUUUAUAAAGAUAAAGAAAAGGAGAAAAAGAAGAAGAAGAAGAAGAAGAAAAAAAAAGAAGAAAAGGACAAAAAAAGGAAUCAAGAAAAUGAAGAAAAAGAAAAUGAGAAAGAAAAGGAAAGGAAUAAGGAAAAAGAUAAAAAUAAAAAAAAGGAGAAAAAAAAUAGAAAUGAGGAAAAAUAUACAGAAAAUAAAAAUGAAGGAGAAAUAGAUAAGGGGGAAAUGGAAAAUGAUAAUAUAAAAAAGGAGAAUCAUAAAAAAAAUGACAAGAACAAAAAAAAUGAUAAUGAUAUUGUAAAAGAAUAUAAAGAAAAGGAGCAAAAAGAGGACAAAAAUUAUAGCAACCAAAAUGCUGAUGAGAAAAAAAAAAAAAGAAAAAAAAAGGAUAAAAGAAAAUAUGAUAAAAAGGAAGAAACGGAAGAAAUAGACCUAGAAGGAACUAUAAAAACAUUUAAUGAAAAGAAAAGCAAAAAGAAUGACAAAAAUAAGGAUAAUAUUGAUGACAAAAUAAAUGACAGAAUAAAUAACAAAAGAACUGAUAAAUAUCGAGGAGAUAAAGAAAAUGAAUAUAUUAAAAAUGAUCAAGAAAUAGAAAAUAAGAAAGAAAAAAUGGCAGAUAAAUCAAAAGAGAGUUAUAAGAAGAAUUUAUAUAAUUCAUAUGAUAAAAAUAAGAAUACUGAUAUAAACAAAUAUUCUAAGGAAAAUAUUAAAGAAUAUUCUAAUAUAGAUGAAAAAAAUAUGUAUAUAAAUGAAAAAGAACAUAUAGAUGAAUAUAAUCAUGAAUUUCUAGAAAAACGGAAAUAUGAUAUAAAAUGUGAAUAUGAUUAUAUAUUUUAUAAUGAUACUAAUAUUAAUAACAAUAGUAAAAUAUAUGACCACAAUAAUAAUGAUAAUAAUAAUAAUAAUUAUGAUAAUAAUAAGUAUGAUAAUAAUAAUGAUAAUCAUAUUAUUAUUAAUAAAAAAUGUUAUAAUAGUCAGGAAAAUAUAAUUGAGUUUCAACAAAUUGAUACUUCUUAUGAUCUUAAGGAUAAUAUAAGAUAUAAAAAUAUUACACACUUAAUGCUAGAAAAGAAUAGCUUUGAAGACAUAUAUUUAAAAAUUAAUACAUGUAAAAUAAUAAAUAUAAAUAAAAAAAUAUGUUUAAUAGAUAUUUUAGGGAAUAUAUUUUUUAUAAAUAUCCAUAUUAUUAUUGAUAAACCUAGAAUAUAUACAAAUCCUUAUUUCGUAUUUAAUAAUAAUGUUUCUAUAUUUCCUAGAAAUAAUUCUUUCGUUUUAUCAAAUAAAUCAUAUCAUUUUGAUAGAGUUUUAAUUGGGAAAAAUAUACACUUAUUUAAAGAUAUAAUUCAAACAGAAUUAAAAGAAGAAUUUGAAGAAAAUGUUAUAAAGUUCAUAAGACAUUUUGAAGGUAUAUAUAUAUCUAAACUAAAAACAGUAUCUAAAUUAAAGACAAAAAAUAUUGUACCUAAUAUAGAGACUAUGGAAAAGGAUAAUAAACAUCAAGUUAAUAAUAUUGAUAUAACAAGAAAUAAAGAUAUUUUAAAAAAUUUAUAUAAACAUAUUCAAAUAAUAAAUUUCUUUAAUUAUUCUCAUUUUGAUUGUUUUGUUGAACUUUCAUUUGAAUCCAAAUUAAAUCAUGGUAAUAAAGAUAUUGUAGUAUUAAAUCAAUUGAAUGAUUCCGAACUUUUUUUAUCAUUUAAUGAUUUUUAUGUAUAUCCUAGUAAAUUCUUUCUGUUAUCUAAAAAAUGUAAAAAAAUAAUUCUUUUAUUUUUACCAAAAAAUGUGGAGUCAUACGAAGAAAGGCUAUUUUUAUAUAAUUAUUCUAUAAAAGAUGAAUCAAAUGAAACUAUGGAAUAUGCAAAUAAUAAACAAAUAUAUAAUAUAAAGGGGAAAAAAGAAUCAAAUAAAAAUAUUGAUAAAAGUCCUAAUAAUGUGCUUUCAAAUGACAAUUUAUUUUGUAAUAAUAUUAAUAACAUUUUAUCUAAUAAAAUAAUUAACAAUUAUAUAUAUGAUAUGUUUUCCUUUGUUAUAAAAGGAGAAGGUAUAAAAUGUUAUUUAAAAAUAGAACCAGAAUAUAUAAAUUUUCAUAAAGUCUUAUUAAAUUCGGUUCAGAAAAAAAAUAUCGAAAUUAAAAAUAAAAGUUAUUGCGAUAUUGUAUGGUAUAUUGAUUCUAAUAGUAUAAAAGAUAAGUCGUUUUAUAUAAAUCCUACAAGGGGUACAUUAAAUAAAAAUGAAAGAAAAAAAAUCAUAACAAUUGGUUUAAAUACAAAUACUGUUAAGAUGAUAAAAAAGGAAAUUAAAAUAUAUUAUUCAGAAGCGAAAGUAAAUAAAAAUGAUAAAGUGUGUGUUAAUAAUUUAUGUAAUGCUAUACUAAAUAUAGAAGCAGACAUAUGUAUAUCUUUUAUACAAGUAAAUUUUGAGAUCAUAGAUGAGAAAAUAAUAUACGAUUAUAAUAAUCAUACACACAUUGAAGAUGACAUAAAAAAGAAAGAAAAUAAUUUUGUAAAAGAAUAUAUAACUAUAUUAAAAAAUAGAAGAAAAGAUAAAUGGUAUCCUUCAAACGAAUUACUAUUAAAUAAUGUUAUUGAAAAUGUUAUACAAAUGAAAUAUGUGCCUGUGAAUGAAUCUAAAAUUUGCUUGUUUAAAAUCAAAAAUACAGGAAAAGUGGGAAUACAUUAUUUUGUAGAAAUAAACGAUGAAACAUUCUUACAAUAUAUAACUAUUAAUGAUAUAUAUAAUAUUAUAAAUAUGAACGAAGAAAAAGAAAUACAAUUAAAAAUUAAAUCAUAUAAAAAAAUAAAAUUUCAAAAUAUAGAUUUAUUUAUACAUAUAUGGGAUAGUAUAGAAAAUAAUUAUAUUCAAUCUUAUAAAUAUAUCCUAAGUGUUUCUUUUGAUUAUAAUUAUCUCAAGAUUGUUCCUCACGUAAUUAACUAUGAUUCAGUUGAAAUAAAAAAAGAAGAAACCAAAAUUUUUAAAAUAAUUAAUGAUGGAUAUUUCGAUUUCAAAUAUGAUAUUAAAUUGUUAAAAAGUAAAAUAAAGAAUAAAGAAUAUCAAAAUGAAAAUUUAGUAUAUCAUAAUAAAGAAAAUAAUAAAAAUUUACAUCAAAUAAUAAAAAAUAACAAUGAAGCAAAUAAAAAUCCUUUUAAAAUUAAUCCGAUGAGCGGGAUGAUAAAAUCGAAGGAAGAACAAGUUAUAACGGUCGUAUUUUAUUCGGAAGAAGAAAAUUAUUAUAAAUAUAUAUACAUAGUACAAGUUGAAAAUUUAAUAUCUAGCAUUGGAAAUAAUAAUAAUAUGAACACUAAUAUAAUAAAUAAUGCUACAUAUAAUAAGGAAUAUAAAAAACAGAUGAAAGAUACUAUCAAUGAUACAGAUAAAUACAAUGAAAUUAUUAAACUGUUUGCCUGUUCUGUUAAACCAAAAAUAUCAUGUGAUAUAAAAAAUAUAUUUGAAGAAAUGUUUAUACUAAAUAAUUUGAAUAAUUACCAUCAUUUUGUUCAUUAUUUUCUAACAAAGAGUAGCUAUUAUAAUGUGGAGGAAAAUACAUUAUAUUAUAAAUAUGGUUACGUUAAUGAAUAUAUAAAUGAAAGAAUAAAAAUUUCUAAUAUUGCAGAUGUUAAUGCUAAUAUAAAAAUAGAAAUGAAAGACAUUGAUUUUUCUUCUUUAACUAAUAAGAGUAAGAAAAACAAAGAAGUAGAAAAAAAUAAAAAAAACGAAACAAAUAUUUCACAAAAUUCGACUAUAAAAUAUAAUUUAAAAAUUCAAAAUUAUAAUGAAGAGAAAUACAAUUGGAACUGUAAUUAUAUAAAAAAUGAAAACCUUCCAAAUAAUAUAAAUGAAGAAUUUAUUAAUAAAAAUAAUAUAAAAACGUGUGUUUCUGAAAAUAUUAUUAUAUAUCCAUAUCAACAUAAAUUUGUAGAUAUUUGUUUCCAUUCAAGUCAAAUAGCUUGUAAAAAAUUUCUUUUCAAUAUUUAUAUGAUAAAACCAGAACAUAUAUUGUGCUAUUCAUUUUAUAUAAAUGUUGAAUUCUCUUUACCAUCUGUUCAGUUAAUUAUGCCAUCAUACUUAUUAAAACUAACUAAUAAUAUACAAGACAAAGUUAUAGACAUUGGAAAUAUACAUAUAAAUAAUGUUCUAUCUUUUAAAAUAGAAUUAAUGAAUUCGUUCAAAUAUCCUGUUAUGGUUAAAGCUAUUUUUCAUAAAAAAGAAAAUAAUCAUGAUAAUAUCAAGAAUGAAUUGAUUCAUAAUAUUUCAUAUAUAAAUCAAAAGGAACAAAAUAAUAUUACACUAGAUAAAAAAGAAAAUGAAUCAAUUCAAUAUAAUAAUUCAUAUAACAGUGACAAAGAAGAUGAAAAUAUAAUAUAUAAACAACAAAAUAAAAAAUUAUCACAAACAGAAAUUAAGAAAAAAAAACAUAUAUUAACAUCUGAUGUAUGUCAAAAUAUAUAUCCAAAUGAAAAAACAAUAACCAAUCAAUGUUUUAAUAAUGAUAUAAAUAUAGGUUAUCCAAGAGUAGAAGAAAAAAAGGAACUAUAUAAUAAUAUUACAAAUAAUGAUACUAGUUUAUUCAAUAUAGAUAAUAUGAAAAUAAAAAAAAAAAAUAACAUUACAUAUUUCAAUUAUGAAAAUGUUAAAGAUAUAAUAUAUCACCCAAGAUAUUGUAACCAUAAAAAUAAUAUUUAUUCUUUUGGAUAUUUAUGUUUCAUAGGUAAUAUAAAUAAUUUGUUAAGAGAAAAUGAAGUAACAUAUUUUAAAAUUAAACUCAACAAAAAUAAAUUAAAAUAUAUAGAAUAUAAUAAAAGUCAAAAUGAAGCGUAUUCACAGGAAAUAUAUAAUACUCCAGCAAAAAAUACAGAUAUAACUAAUUCUGAUAAUCUAAAUAUUAAGGAAAAUGAAUAUAAAAAUGAUAUAGACAUUACAAAGAUAAAUGAAAAAAAUAAAACCAAUAGUAUAAAUAUAAAUAAAAAUAUAAAUAAAAAUAAAAAUAAAAAUAAAAAUGAAUGGGUCACAUCCAAAAAUGAUCAACAUAAUAAUGAUAUACAUAAUAUAAAUGAGAAGAAAAUUUUAGGUAAUAUACAAAUUAAAGUUUUAAAUAAUAAUUAUGAAUCUUAUAAUUUGAAAUUCAUAGGAAAUAUUAUUGAACGCAAAAACUAUUGGAAUUUAAAACAUUUAAAAUAUCAUAUUAAAAAUAUAUAUAAUAAUAAAUUUUCUAUAUUUAAAAAUCAUAUAAAUUUUGAUAUUGUCCCUUUGAAUUUUAAACAUACUUAUAAAUUAUUAUAUAUAAAUGAAAAUAAUCAUACAUUAUAUUUUAAUAUAGAAUUAGAUAAAAAACUUAAAAAUGUUAUAGAUAUAAAACCUACUAAUGGUUCUAUACCAUCAAGUAGCUCUUUCUAUUUCUAUUUCAAUAUCGAGGUAAAGGAGUUAGUUAAUUUUAUAGACCGUCCAAUAUUAUGUAAAUUUUCUCAACAUGAAAUAUAUAAAAAUAAAAAAAAUGUUAAAUUAAAUGAUAACAAUUUAAUAUGUGAUGAAGAUGAUUUAUAUAUAAGUUUAAGAUCUGAAGAAAUAAAAGUUUCAUAUAAACAAAAAAAAAUUCAUUUUAAAAAUAUACCUUUAUUUAAUUAUUCUAAAUAUAAGUUUACUUUACAAAAUACAUCAAAUGUAAAAUUAUUUGCAGAAUUAUCUAUUACUCCUAAUAAUUACAUGGAUGAUAUAUUAUCUACUUAUUCAUUUGAACCAUUUAAAGAAAAAAAUAUGCUAACAAUUAUAAAAAGUAAAGCUACAAAUGCAUUUAAAUAUAAUACACAACAUGUAGAAAAUAAUACAUUUUCGUCUUCUUAUCGAAAUGACAAUGAUAAAAAAAGUCUAGUGGAUAAUUUAAUUAGAAAUAAUAUAGUAGAAGAUAAUUGUGCUAAUGAACAAAGUGGAUCCAUUGAUGAGUUUUAUUUAACCAAAUAUGAUUUGAAUAUAUCUGAUUUAAAUAAUAUGAAUAAAAGUGAUAUACAAAAUAUUUAUAAUGACACACUACAUCAGGAACAACCAGCAAAAAAAAAGACAGAAAUGGAACAUAAUACAAUUAAAAAAUAUAUAACAGUUAAUGCAAAAAGUAAUAAAGAUAUAAAUAUUUAUUGUUUUCAUAAUAUAUAUAAACAAAAAUUAGAAUCUAUUCUACAUAUAAAAAUUAAAUAUUAUGAAGAUAUUAAAAUACCCAUAAAAAUGACCUUUGAUAAUUAUGAUAAAGAAAAAAAAAAUAUAAAUGAUUUCUUUUUAUUGUCAAAAUUUAAAUAUUCAAAACAAGUGAUGGAUAAAAAAGAAAAUAACAAAAUGGAUAAUUUAAAUAAAAAUAAACAUCAUAUUUUAGUAAUUAGUAGAGGUAUAUUAAACAAAAUUUUUUAUAAAAUAUAUAUGAUAAAUAUGUCGAAUAAACAGAUAGAAUAUUAUUUUGAGAAAUACAAAGAAAUUGAUGAUUCAAGUAUGAUUAAAUACCCUAAUAUAACAAAUAAUGAUAAGAAUAAGUUUAUAAAAAAUAAUAGUACAAAUAAUUCUAUCGAAUGUGUAAAUAAUAAAGGUAAUAUUAAUGAAAAUAAUUUAUAUUUUUCUAAAUUUCUUUUCCAAACCUUUAAUUCAAUACCAUAUAAACAAAAUUAUAAUUUAUUUAUAAACAAUGAAAAAGAAGAAAAUGUUAUAUUUGAUUUAAGGGUAAUAGAACCAAUCAUAUUUUUUAAUACAUCUUUUAUACAUUUAAAUAAUUUAAUACUUGGAAAAAGCUAUUGUUUUAUAUUUUAUUUAAUAAAUUUCGAUUUUAUCGACAUCCAUUUUGAAUUUGAUAAAAACUCAUAUAAUUCAUUUAAUGCCAAAAAAGAAACGAUCAAAAUUAUUCCAUCUGAAGGGAUUGUAAAAUCGUGUUAUAGAAAAAAUAAGUAUAUAAAUAAUUAUAUAAAUAAGUUAAAUAAUAAACAUGAGGAAGGUAUCAACGAUUAUGAUAAUAAAAAUAAAAAUAUGAAGACAAAUAAUUUAAUAUCUCUUUCAGGGUUAUCUUCACAGGAUGAAGGAGAUACUGUAUCUCAAAAUUCAUAUAAUGAUAAUAUUACAUUGAAUUAUAAUAAUAAUAAAAUGAAAUUUUUAGAAAUAAAUAAUGGGAAUAAGGUUAAAGUCAAACAAAGAGGGGCAGAGAAAGAUUCAUUUGCUCAUAUACAUGAGAAACGUAAUUCCAGAAACAAUAGUUCAAACUCAUCAUUUUGUACUUUAUCAAAUAUGUCUUAUAGUGAAUCGUCACAUAAUAAUAUUAUUAGAAAUAAUAAAAAUAAUAUAUCGAGACAAGGAUAUAAUGAUAAUACAGAUAUAUAUUUUCUUAAGAACGAUAUGGUAAAUUAUAGAAGUGAUAAUAUAAGAAAAAAUAAUAAUCAUUAUUAUGAUGAUGCUAAUAAUUCUUAUUAUGAUGAUGUUAAUAAUUCGUAUUCAUCUGAAACGAAUGAAUCAUAUAUAGAUAAUAUAUCAUCUGAUGAAUAUGAAUACGAUAACAAUAUUAUGAAUAAAUUCUUUCUUCUAAAUUAUUAUUUAAAAAAUAUAUGGAAGACAAAUAAUAAGAUAAUUAAAAAAGAAAUUCAACAUAUUAUAGGAAAAGGUGGAAUUAAAAAAAUAAAAUUAUUUUUCAAACCUCACAUGGAACAAUUUUAUAAUUUUAGUCUUUUGUGUAAAAUAGAUUCAAAGGAAGAACCCUUAAAAAUAAAUUUUAAAAUGCAUGUUAAUAAACUUAAUAUAAAAUGUUAUAUAGAAAAUUAUGAUAAAGAACACAUCACACUUAACUUAGAUAAUUCUUUAUCUAUUAAAAAGAAAAAAAAUAAAUAUGAUAUGAUUCAUAUAUAUGAAGUUAUAAAUUUUAAAGAAACUAUAAUAGGUAAAAAAAAAAUGGCCAAAUUUGUAUUAGAAAAUCUAUGUAGCUUUGAUUUAUUUUAUAAAUAUUAUUUACAAAAAGAAGAUGAUGAAAUUUCUAUAACAUGUAGUAAUAAUAUUAUAAAAAAAAAUUCAUUCUUCUAUAUAAAUAUAGAAUAUACCUCUUUAAUACACAAUAUAUAUGAAAAUCAUCUAACUCUUAAUAUAAAUGAUUAUUAUUUAAUAAACUUAAAGAUUACAGCUAUGUCAUCAAAUGUAUUAAUACAUUUCUCUUUUUAUAAUUAUGAUUUUGGAAAUCUUAUUUUAUUUCCAAAUGUAGAUAAAAUUGAAAAUACAAACGUAAUUUGUAUGGACGAAAAUUAUCGGGACAGCUUUUCUUCAUCUGAUACAUCUCUCUCUUCAUUAAUAUGUACACAUAAAAUAAAUGAGCUCAACGAGAAAAAAAUGCAAAAGAAAAAAGAAAUGGACUUGAAAAUAGAGGAAAAGCAUGAUAAAAAGGGAAAAGGAAAACAAAGUGAACAAAAAUGUGAUAAAGAGGAAAAGAUAAGGAAAAAGCAAAAAAAGGAUAAGAAAAAUAAAACUAAAAAAAAAAAUGAAAAAAAUAAAAGUGAAAAUAUAUGUGAUGAAGAGGAAAAUAUGAAUAAGGAUAAUUUAAAUGAUAAGAAUAUGAACAAGGAUAAUCAUGUAAAUAACAACAACAAUAAUAAUAAUAAUAAUAAUAAUGUAGAUAAUAAAGUCCGUGAAAAAAACAAUCAAUCUAACAAAAAACAAAAUAAAGAAAAAAAUGAAAAGGCGGGUUAUAUGAAUAAUUUACAAAAUAUUCAACAUGAAGAAAAAAAUAAGAAUAAUAUAAAUAAUAAUACAAACAAAGAUGAAAAUGUUGUCACAAAACAUAUUAAUAGAACAUUAUAUAAUGAUACAAAUAAUAUACAGCCCAUCAAUUUGGAUAUAAACAAUAUUAAUAAUAAUAUUAACACUGUAGAAACAAAAUUAUUCAUACAUAAUAAUAAUGACGAAGAUUGUUAUAUAGAAUAUGAAUUAAAUGAAUGUUGUUUAAAAAUUAACAGCCUUGAUAAAAAAAUACAUAUAAAAGGAAAAAGUAAAACAUUUCUUCUUAUUUCAUUUACUCCCAAUGAAGAAAAAGAUUAUAGUUUUAAAAUUCCAUUUAAAAUAAAUAAUGAUUCAAAAAAAAUUGUUUAUAUUUAUUUGAAAGGUUCAGCUAGCCAUUUUAAGUUACCAUUUUCAUGUAAUAAUUUAAACGAAAUAAAUUUUAAAGACAUUAAUGUAGAUAAAGAAGUAAUAAACAAAUUAGUUCUUCAUAAUAAAAAUAUGGAAGAUAUUUCUUUCAAUAUAUUAAAUUAUAAAGAUUUAUGUAAAUAUUAUCUAUCAUUUAUUAAUUUUGAUAAUAAUACAAGUCACAUUUUAAAAAGGAAAGAAAAAAAAACAUAUGAAAUAAAAUUUGCUCCAAAAAAAUAUAUAAAAUUACAAAUCCCUUUAUAUUUAAAUAUAUAUUAUAAAGGUAAAUGUAUAGCUUAUUAUUUAACACAUAUUAACAUGAAUAGUAUAUCUUAUAAAGUUAUAAUAAAGGAAAAUUUAUUAACAUUCAAUAAAAUAGACAUACUAGAUGAAGAAAAUAUUAUUAAUGAUAAUAAUAGUAUUUGUGAAAUUAAUCAUAUAAGAGAACAAUAUUUCAAACAUUUAAGUAAUAAAAAUGGUGUAAGGGGAAAAAAAAUACAAUUACAUAAUACAGGAGACAUGAAUGCUCAAUUUCAAAUAAUUUAUCCUCAAAAAUAUGAAAAAUAUUUAUUUUUAUAUCCAAAAAAAGGAAUUAUAUUCUCAUUUAAUUUAAUAAAUAUAUAUAUUUAUAUAGAUACCUAUUAUAUUAAAAAAGAUAUAUAUAUAAAUGAUGUUUAUAUACAAUUAUAUCCUAAAUUUAAUAAAAUAAAUAGUAAAUUAGCACUUAAAUUAUUUGUUGCUGUUCCUAGGAAUUCAUUGAAACAUACUAAAAGUAGUUAUAAAAAUUUUUCAAAAUUAAAUAACGAAAAUAAUGAUCAUGAAAAAUAUAAUAAUAAUGAUGAUGAUAAUAAUAAUAGUAAUAAUAAGAAGAAAGAACAAAUUGUAAAAGGAGAACAAGUUACAAAAAAUAAUAAAAAUAUCGAACAAAGAGAUAAUGUUUCGAAUGAAGAAAAAAAUAUCAAAUUAUUUGUCUUAAAAAAUGAAACUAUAAUUACAUUUAUUACAGAUAUCAGAAAAGAAAUAUAUAAAAUUAUUGAAAUAUAUAAUGAAACAUCAUCAAAUUUUAAAAUAAAAUACAAAUUUUUAUAUAAUGAACAUAACUUUUUCUCUAUAGAAAAAUGUGAAGACAUAAUAAAACCAAAUGAUUAUGGAUCUUUUCAGAUCGUUUAUAAUCCACUUUUUGUUGAAAAAAAUAAAAAAAAUAGUAAAAAUUAUCAUAACAAUUUAUGUGAAAAAUAUGUAAAAUAUUGUUCUAAUAUUCAUCAUAUAUCUAAAUUGAUAAUAUACUAUCCAAAUGAAGUUGCUAAAAAUUAUACAUUAUUAGGUUAUUCUAAUAAUAUAGUGUAUGAAAAAAAUGUUAUUUAUAAUUUUAAUUCAAAGCAUUUGAAUAAUACCUCUAUAAAAAUUAAAAACUGGUUAAAUGAAAGUCAAAAUUUGGCUAUCUCUUACUACACAUGUGAUAAGGAGGGUAAUCCUUCGAAUAUCAAUUAUUUUUAUUUUUACAUUGUCAAUCAAAUCGAUUUGUGUAGUAAAGAAGAAAAGAAUAUCGCAUUUAAAGUUUUAUCAUUAAAAGAUGGAGUGUUUUAUGUCAUGCUAAUAUUUUCCAAUAAAAAAUACGAAGAUGUAUAUAAAAUAUUACUACAGUUUGAAAUUUCAAGAAGUGAAAUUUUAUCCAUAAAAAAUAUACACAGAUCAAAGAAAGACAUAAUUAAAGAACAUAUAGUUAUUUAUAAUCCUCUUGAUGAAAAUGUAGAAAUGGAACCUUUGUUUGAUUAUAAUUAUAUAUUUGUUCAAAAGCCAAUAAUAUUAGAGAAACGAAAAAAUAAUAAUAUAAAUAUAUAUUUUUGUAUAGUCAAGGAAGAAGAAGAGAAACAUGUUAUAAUUUCCUUUACCAAUAAAAUUUUAGGAUCUUAUAGUUUUAAAUUUAUUUUAAAUAUUAAUAUGUAUGAUUUUGAAGAAAACUUUUAUUUUAAUACAGAUCUAGGAUCAAUACAAGUGAAUGAAGUUUCUUUUACGAAUGUUUGUAACGAGAAAAUAAAUUAUGAUGUUAUGAUAGAAGAUUUUGACGAAAACAACAAAAAUGCUAAACAAAUAUUUCAAUGUAUUGAUAAAAUAAGUGUUAAACCUAUUGACACGGAUUAUUUCUUAAAAAAUGGAAUAAUAAAUAAUGUAACUGAUAAAAUUAAUCUAACUAUUAAAUAUAAUCCUUCAGAUAUUAAAAUAAAUAAGGCUAUCAUAAAAUUGAUAUCUAAAGAAGGAAUUGUGUAUAAGGGUUUAAUUAUGGGAAAAAGUGUAUCACCUAAACCGAAAGGACCAAUAUUUUGUUCAUCACAAAAAACUACAUUUUUAAGUUUUACAAAUCCAUUUCUUCAUAUAAAAGAAUUUUUUAUUACGACGGAUGAUUAUUUCUCUGUUUCAACUGAAAAUUUAAAAAUCGAAGGGCGAGAAACUGUUCAAAUACCUAUAAAAUGCAAAACAACCAAUGCAACAUCAGGAAAACUUUUAAUUAAAUCCGAAGAUGAUAUUGUAUGGAUGUAUUAUUUGACAGGACAAUAA